CUUGACACUCUGAAACCAUAAUGUGCGAGACUUCAUCAGCGUCCCGCCGGUCUUUCUUUUGCUGCGAACGUAGCUGUCUCAAUUCCUGCUCAUAAUUGAAUGCAUUUUCUGCCUGGCUUUUAGAAUUAAGAGUAGAUGCAAAUCGAGCAUGUUCUUCGGCUUCCUUUUGCAGCUGGUGCAUUAAUUCAUCGUCCUCGGGGUCUGAAAAAUCGUCACCAUCAUCAUAAUAACGUGUAGAAUCGUGGUGUUGCGCUGUAUAAUUCGAGGCAUCGUAAACGUCUGAUGUUGUCUGCGCCGCCUCGGGAGGGUGGGCAAUUUCUACAUCCUCGAAUUCUGGGCUUGGAGAUAUAACCGCCCGCUGCACUUUCAUUUCGGGGUGGGAUUUCUCGUUCUGUACAAUAUUUUUGGAAUUGGUCUCGUCAUCUGUACGUUCCGACUCGUAAUAUUUUUCAUUAUCAUGCUUGACGGAGUUAAAUUUAUCAGCCUUUGGCUCAGCUGUAUCCUCUUUUUCCAUGUGCUCGUGGGCAGGUUUAGACGGAGUGUUCGGAGUGGCUUCGCGACUAGAGACCGUUGAUGGUGAGGUUCUGGAAUUAGAGUCCUUGACGGGAGCAGGAGCGCUAUGCCCCUGGGUAUCUCCACCUAGGGUCUCAACAUCGAUUGUCUUAUUCCCCUGGGAAACAUCCUCAUCAACAUUGAUAACUUCCACCUCUUUGGGUUUUCCAAGAAUAUUAUCGCGUUGUCUUACACGAUUGUUAGAAUCAACACCACCGAAUUGGUCAUCGAUUUCUUGAUCAAUAAAGGGUUUCUCUGCAAGUAUGGCGCCGAACCAUGGUGGUAGGGGCUGGGCUGUCUUCUGGGCUUUCGGCGUGGUUUUCUCAAAACCACCAGCCUCGCCAUCCGCUUUGGGGACGGUGCGUGAAGUAGUUGGCUUGCUAAUUUUCAAAGAUUCAAAGGGUAGUGGUCCGUCGAAGGGAUUGGGAAUUGGGGUAGAGGAUCCCAUAUUCAUCGCUUUAGACUUGGACAAUGCGGCAAAAAAAUUCAUAUCCUCGUCAUCGGUAAUAUCCUCGGGGUCGUCGCGGUCAAUUGCCUUCUUGCUAGGUUCCUCGUUGCUGCCAGGCCCCGAUGGCCCAUUUAAGUUAAGAAUGUUUUCGUCGUUGGGCGAUUCCAAAGACAUUUGGAUUGCCAGUCGGAUAUCGUCGUUGUCAGAAUAAUCUUGACAUUCCGAGUCUUCAAAAAGUGUAUCCUGAUCCUUCGUGCUUUGAGAUAUUUCUGGAACAAAGAGAGGGUCGUGUUUUGCGUUAGUCUGGUCGAAGGAUACAUCAUAUAUCUGAUCCGUUGCGCGAUCUGCAAUUUCCCUAGCGUGCUCGUUAAGAGCCUUAUCGAAGACACCUUUGUCAAAUACAGGUAGCUUGGGCAACCUGUUGAGUCCCUCAAUAGGAACAUCCUCAAAUUCCUCAUCGUCAUCUUCUAGGACAUUAUUCUCAUCAGACAAUAAUUGCUCCCCGUACUCUUCAACAUCAAUGGGUUUGUUACGCUGACCCUCGUCCCUGUUUCCCAACACCCCUAAAGCCCAACCUCCCUCCACUCCGUUAUUUUUAACCAGUACAUACUCCUUGCCUCUCUCGCCAGCGAUUCUAGCGCUACUUCCUAUCCCGUAUAAAGAGUCAUCCUCGGUCAUCCCGCUAAGAUGCAUCAAUCUCUGCGUUAGGUCAUUCCGCUCUUUCACUCGUUCAAUUUGGAAUCUCGAGAAAGCCAUUCGGUCCGGAAACAUAGUAUCCAGUUGCUCUUUCGAGUAGCCCAUCCGAAGCCUACUCCUUAACCUUGCUGCAUUCAGAAUAUUAUAGCGAUCACUGGGAGGCAAGCUGAGAAAAAAAGGACUAUUAAAGUCGAUCUUCGAAAAGUCAUACAGGCUAAUAUCUUCCCCCGAGUGGAACUGACGUGCAUAUUCCUCGAGUUCUUCCUGGGACAUGAUCCGAGGAUCGUUCGGGGCACCCAUCUCAGCAAGAGAAACAUCCAGGUCAGGAAGAUGAUAAGCAUCCUGUUUGCGGAAAUGCCGGUUCUUUUGUCUUUCUUUAGGCGUCAUAUUUAGUUCAUCCACAUACACCAAAUUCUCCGGGAGGGGCUCCUCAGCUUCAUUGUUGUCAACCCUCGUGCGCCUCUGCAACUCUGCUUCCUCGGCUUUUCUCUGGAUUUGAACAGCCAAAAGCUUUCCAGCAGUUCUAGCUGCAUCUUCUCUUCUUCCUUCUCUUCUUUGCUUCCUGGACACAAUUGUCUGUCGCUUCAGGGCUGGCGCACCCCCAUCGAAGACGAAAACAGGUUUGAUACCGAAGUAGAGUAACUUGCAUAUUCGCUGGAAGAAGCCGACGAUAUGAGCGUUCCGAAGCGCGUUUCCUUCCCGAUCGCGCACUGCCUUUAGAAACUGGUAUAUCCAUAUCGACGCAUCAACCGCAAGCCGCUUUCGGUUUAACGUUUCUAUCUUGAUAGGCCUAGCGCAUGGUUUGACCACUGUCCAGAGGCCGGUAACACCCAUGAUGAAUGGACCGCGGACUUUGCAUCAGUUCGGGGCCACACAGGUACGCAUUUCAGCAGUUUGCUAUGCCGCCAUGGUAAGUGCGGCCAUUUUUUGGAGCGCUUUUGCAGGUUGGGGCGCGCCGAGUCACUGUCGCCUGCGCCACCAGCAGAAAAGAAGGCGCGAAGCCAUGUGACUUGAUCUCUCAACUUCGCUAACUACGGAUUAUAUGAUUAUCCGAUUGGAAUGCCGAAACAAAAAUGGACAGCCGGGCUUGGCGUUGAAAAGUACUCCGUACACACGGCUAUCUUCGGCGGAGGUCACGGGAUACCCGCUCGGCAAACAGCUGGGAGCCGUUGGCUGUUUAUAACCACCAGGACAGAAACAUCCGCAGCCCCCCCCAGACAAGAUGACCGACCGUCUUCUUUCUUCACUCUUUAAUUCCUCAUAUUGUUAGAAAAUGGUAGCAUUUUCCCAUAACUCUGCACGAAGGCUGCUAAGCUCAUUGUGCCGUCAACGCCUGUACUCAACACACGCUCCCUCCCCUUCAGCACAUCUUAAUUUGCCGAUCAACUAUGGCACAACUCCGCUCCUACAUCACUCCCCGUCCACAUUACCCUCCUCUACAGAAUUACCAAAAAGUGGAGCUACGAAACGAAUAAACCUUUACCAGUCUAUUAAUUCAGCCCUCCGGACUGCCCUGUCAGCUUCAGACCAGGUCCUAUUGUUUGGGGAAGAUGUUGCCUUUGGAGGAGUAUUCCGCUGCUCUGUGGAUUUACAAACCGAGUUUGGGGCUGAGAGAGUAUUCAACACCCCCUUGACAGAGCAGGGAAUUGUUGGAUUUGCAAUUGGUGCUGCUGCCGAAGGGAUGAAACCUGUGGCGGAAAUCCAGUUUGCGGACUAUGUGUACCCUGCCUUUGACCAGCUCGUCAACGAAGCUGCCAAAUUCCGAUAUAGGGAGGGAGCAACGGGAAGCCAUGUUGGCGGACUCGUGGUGCGAAUGCCUUGCGGAGGUGUAGGGCAUGGUGCUUUGUACCAUUCUCAGUCUCCGGAAUCUCUUUUUACUCACAUCCCAGGUCUACGAGUUGUCAUGCCACGAUCACCCACUCAAGCGAAGGGACUUUUGUUAUCUUCCAUUCUCGAAUGCAAUGACCCUGUAGUGUUCAUGGAACCCAAGAUCUUAUACCGGGCAGCAGUGGAACAUGUCCCUACCGAAGCAUAUACCCUCCCACUUGACAAGGCCGACGUAAUCAAACCAGGGAAAGAUCUAACAAUAAUAUCAUAUGGACAACCUCUUUACCUCUGUUCCGCGGCAAUUGAAGCAGCUGAGAAAGCUUUCAAGGGUGUCAACAUUGAACUUAUAGACCUUCGCACCCUUUAUCCUUGGGACCGGCCCACAAUCCUAGAGAGUGUCCGGAAAACUGGACGGGCAAUUGUUGUGCAUGAAAGUAUGCUGAACGCCGGUAUUGGAGCAGAAGUGGCCGCCACCAUCCAAGAAGGCGCAUUCUUGAGCCUAGAGGCCCCUGUCAGCCGUGUUACUGGAUGGGAUAUUCAUCCAGGCUUGAUCUACGAGAGGUUUAAUAUGCCUGACGUUGCAAGGAUCUUCGAUGCGAUUAAGAAGACUCUCGAGUACUAAUUUCUGAGCACUUAUGGCUAUGUGCACCCACCCAUUUAAAAGGCCGCUGAAUGCAGUGGCAGAACGCUUUGGAGGAGUGUUUUCUGCCUUUUUCCGAGCAGCCCCAUGGUUUUGCCUGGAGGCGCUUUUCCUCCCGGGUGCUCACGUCUGCACUAUGCAAAGGUUCAAUAUUCUGGGCCAUUCAAACUAGCUUUUUCCGCUUGAUAUAUUCACUUUACGCCCAUCAUUAUAUAACAGCUUCGUUUGCUAAACUUUUAUGAACACUUUCCUGAAGAGAUGCGUGGUUUGGUCCAAAGAUCUAUACAUAGUUGUUUAAACUUGCAGCCUAGAUAAUAGAGCAAUGGGAUAUAUACUUAGAUAUGCUAGGUAGUGUAUAGAUCUCUAAUUUCUACAAGUUAUUUUUAGUAGGCGAAUGUGACGAAUUAUGCAAUUAUUUCCUAUGUACGGAGUAGAUCACCACUCGACGUGCAUACCGGAUCAUUCUAUCUGCGUAGUACGCGUAUGACCAUGGGCUCUGAAAAUUUAACGAUUGCAGGUGACAAUCAAGGUAGCCCAUGGGAAAAAUGCUGUCGAGACCAGUCCACCCAGUACAAAAAAGCUGAUCAGAAAAUAAACAUGAGCAUCGGGAUUUCCUGGGCGCCAAGAACGCGGACAUACGGCAGUCUAUAGUGACUUGUCAAAUGGCUUUUAUUGUUUUUUCAGUGUAAAGGCCUAAUUCCACAUAAUACUGAUUUUAUAAUCACGCACCAAUUUCACUAGUCCUAAUGUAGUUAGUAUAUUACUAUAUAUGGUUUAGUCAGUCUUGGCUUUAAG